AUGGCACAGUCUUUGGUGUGGCGGUACUUGGGACCGGAGGACACGCAUCGGUGUCUCGAUGCGCCUGAUGUGCCUUCUGUUCGGAACCUGUUGGUUGAAAUUGACGACGGAAUGGAUGGAAAGCUUAUCAACUGUCGCAACUACAAUAAGGGGCAGCUGAUGAUUGUGCUAGACAUGCUUGCGCAUCUAAUUGUGUUCACUAAAACAUGUUCCAUGUCGCUAGAGAAGGUUAGUACAAUUGUGGGUAUUAUGCUGGAGUUGCACCGAGAGAGCAUGUCGAAUCAGUAUACACGAUCCCAAUCGUAUCACCGACUGCGUGAGCUGAUGCUACUCCACAGUGUUCCCCGCCCACCGUUCUCAUGUGGCAUCUUUAGUGUGGCGGAUGUACAGCAUAUAGACGAAUAUCUCUUAUUGUCUUAUUUCCGCCAUUACAAAAUGUAUGUGUACGCUUUCGUGCCUCAGCGUUUAGCGAAUAUUCACAGCGUUUCCGUCGGGCACAACCACUGUGUACCUCCUUUAGGACUCCCCGCCCUUACGACAGCGACGCCACGGGCAGAAUGGAUAGCGAAAGUGGAAGACACACACCGACAGAUGGAGGAACGGCAGAUGGAAGUGGAGGAUGUGCGGUCUGCUGAAUACGAGGAAGAAUGGUUGAAACACCGCUACCUUAACGGCACGCACUACAGCGAGGGGUUGAGGGAACAGCUGCAGAGUAUAAAGAGGGAUGUUUCUGAUAAAGCACUCAACCAACUGGAUUUGAUUGAGGCGCGUCUGGUGGAAAUAGAGAAGAAGGUGGAGAUAGUGCAGCAGCGACAGGAUGGGAAGGGUGGUAAGCGAAAAAAAUAG